AUGCCGCUGCAGCGAACGCCACCAAGGGAAGUAGGAUCUGGUUCAACACCGACAACAGAAAAUAAUCAAUCGUCCGGAACACAAAACACCGACACUUCCACUCCUGUUAGCACAAGAAAAAAGAAAAAGGCAAAGCGACUCAUCAUGGAACAGCGCAGCGACAGUGCGAAAUCCGAUCCACUGAAGGUACCGAUUCCUACCUUCGAUGGAGAAUAUGAAAAUUGGACCAAGUUUAAAGUCAUGUUCAAGGAUCUAGUGGACAAGACAGCUGACCCUCCAGCGGUCAAGCUCUACCAUCUGGACAAAGCGCUAGUGGGAAGCGCAGCAGGAAUAAUCGAUGCGAAAACCAUAAACGAUGGAAACUACAAACACGCUUGGGAAAUACUUGAGGAAUGGUAUGAGAAUUUAAGACACAUGGUUGGUACUCAUAUUCAUGGACUCUUCGGAAUGAAGAAGGUGGUUGGGGAAAGCAGUAAAGAUUUAAGAUCAUUAGUAGACGAAUGCACAAGGCACGUUGAAAACUUAAAGUUCCUGCAGCAAGAAUUCACAGGUGUAUCGGAACAAUUCGUAAUUCAUCUGCUAUCAGAAUGUUUGGAUAGGGAAACAAGAAAGCGAUGGGAGUCCACUAUUAAGCACGAAAAACAACAAGACAAAGAAACCGAAACACAGCAAACAAAUUCUAACCGAACCAGAACUUCAGGGAUACAAUUAAGUAAAAAGGAUGAGCCACAACCUACUAGUAGCACUCAAGUAACAACAGCUACAUAUUCAACCAACCGAGCAAUCUCAUCGGUGUUGCUGCUGACUGCGGUGGUAAACGUUUUGGACAAAAACAAAAACCCACACCCCUGUCGUGUUUUAUUAGAUUCGGCCUCCCAGGUAAAUCUAAUUUCCAAGAAAAUGGCCACUAUUUUAGAUCUUGGGAGCUACCAAGUAAAUAUUUCAAUUGCUGGAGUAGAUGGCAUGCAGUCUCGCGUGAAUCAGGGUGUUGAGGUUGAAAUCCGCUCAAGAUAUCUCACGUUUCAUUUGAAGGCCCACUGCUUAGUAACGCAAAGGGUGACAUCUGUCCUUCCUACAACCGCUAUCGAUACUAGCUCUUGGGAAAUUCCAGCUGGCGUGCAGCUUGCUGAUCCUCGGUUUAACUCUUCCGACGAAAUAGAUAUGUUGAUUGGCAAUGAGUGGUUUUUGAAAUUGUUGUUACCAGGACGAAUUAUUCUUGCACCUGAUUUACCAAUCAUAAACGAAACUAAAUUCGGCUGGGUUCUUGGAGGUUCAUACAAUAAAGAAGCAAUCAUCGAGGAAACUGUUUUCACUCAUUCUGUGACUGUCGAUAAGCUUAGCGAUUCGAUUCAACGAUUUCGGGAUGUUGAAAAUGUUGCACAGGAUUUCCAGUUGACCACCGAGGAGGAGGAUUGUGAGAACCACUUUAUGGCUACACACACAAGAGAUGCUUCGGGAAGAUACAUCGUCGAGCUGCCUCUGAAGGAAACUGUCGAUAAACUUUCAGAUUCAAGAUCGUUGGCUCUUCGACGAUUUUAUUGUUUGGAGAAACGUCUAGCUGAACGUCCCGAACUUAAGCAGCAAUAUAUUGACUUCAUGCAAGAGUAUGAGUCAUUGGGUCAUUGCAAGGAAGUCUUCGAGCGAAACGAUCCACCAGGUUUGAGGAAGUGGUAUCUUCCACAUCACGCUGUUCUGCGACCAUCAAACACAACCACCAAAUGUCGCGUUGUAUUCGAUGCGUCUGCAAAGACCUCUGGCCUCUCGUUAAAUGAAGUGAUGGAGAUAGGUUCUAUCAGCCAGAGUGACCUGUUGACUAUUGUACUCAGGUUUCGGAGACCAGCUUUUGUCUUGACGGCUGACAUUGCUAAAAUGUACCGUCAAAUCGUUGUAGCGCCGUGCCAUACUCCACUGCAAAGAGUGUUUUGGCGGGAAUGUCCCACUGAUCCGCUUCGAAUUUUAGAACUGACAACAGUCACAUAUGGAACUGCUUCAGCUCCGUUUUUAGCCACAAGGGCCUUGUUACAGCUUGCUGUUGAUGAGAAACAAAAUUUUCCUCUGGCUGCUGGCAUAGUGGAAAAAAGCGUUUACGUUGACAACGCGCUUUUUGAUUUCGACAGCUUGCAGAAAGCAUUCGAAGCCCAGAAGCAAUUAAUAGACAUGAUGAAAGCCGGUGGACUGCAUCUUCAUAAAUGGUCAUCGAAUAUGCCAGAGCUUCUAGAUGCCAUACCUGAAGCUGAUCGGGAACAAUUAGUAAGUUUGAAUCAAUCUGGAACGAAUGAAAUUAUAAAAACUUUAGGACUGAUGUGGAAUCCAAAUAGCGAUGAAUUGAUUUUCUUGUCACUACCUACCUCGGACAAAAGGCUACCAACAAAGCGACAAAUUUUGUCAUUAGUCGCGCAAAUGUUCGACUCACGCGGAUUAGUGGCUCCAGUAGUGGCUAUCGGAAAAAUCUUGAUGCAGAUGGUUUGGAAGGAAAGGGUCAAUUGGGAUGACAAUAUUUCCAAUGAACUUCACCAGUAUUGGACUUUAUUUUUUAAUGCACUUGAUGGCGUGGAUCAACUUCGAAUCCCAAGAAGAGUUGUAGCACCUACGUCCAUCGCAUUUGAGUUGCACGGAUUUGCUGACGCUUCCGAUGUUGCUUACGGAGCUUGUGUGUACAUCCGAUCGAUCUUGGAAGAUGGAACUGCAAAUAUGAAAUUAAUAAGUGGAGAGUCCAAGGUAGCUCCGAUUGAGCCGCUGAGCAUACCUAGAAAGGAGUUAUUGGCUGCACGUUUGCUGCAUCGCUUGACGAUAAAAAUUACAACCGCUUUGGAGAUGUCUUUUAAAAAAAUGGAUCUUUGGUCUGACAGUCAGGUUGUUCUGGCAUGGCUUGCUAAGCCACCUGCCUAA